CAAGCUGCCCAGCGUUCUUCUAUGUACAAGGGGUCCAUGUACAUUACUGUGUACACCGAAGUGCCUUUAUCGCCACCAUACCAAUUACUGUAUGCAUCUGUCCGUCAUAUGUACGUGCAUGUAAAUAAAUUGUCUGGACAAUUUCUCAGUGAACCGUAACCAAAAUUCAAUAGCAAUGAAGAUAGAAUCUGUGGAAGUGAGUUUUAGAGAUGACUAUUCUCAACAAAGAAGGCUGUACUUUCCGGGCCAGACUGUCAGUGGGACUUUUAGCUUCCGAGUGACCGAGACAUUUACAGUAAACAGUGUUGUUAUGAAAUGCAAGGGGAAAACUCACGUGGAAUGGACGGAUACAGACUCUAAAGGCGAUGAUAAAGAAAUCGACGUUGAUGAGAUGCAUUUAGAAGAUGUCCAAUAUUUGAUAGGAUCAGAGUAUGACAAAAAUUUUCGUCAAGAUUUAUAUGUUGGGGAGCAUAGACAUGAGUUCUCGUUCAAGUUACCGGAGAAUCUGCCAACAUCUUAUGAAAACAAGCAUGCCUAUGUACGCUAUUACCUGAAGGCAAAGUUUUACAGACCAGAGUGGACGAAAACUAACUAUGAGUUCAAGGAACACUUCACUGUGAUCGGUCUUAUUGAUCUUAACGGAGAUCGUAAGGCCAUGCAACCGGUCAAUUCAACCGAUACGGACACGGUUGGAUGCUGCUGCUGUGCUGAAGGACCGAUUGUCUCGGAGUUCAAGCUGGAGAGAACCUGCUAUGUGCCAGGGGAGUUCAUCAACAUACGGGCACUGAUUGACAACAAAACCUCCAAGAAGAUGAGCGGCUCCAGGGUGGAACUCUGGAUGAAAGAAAAACUGGUAUAUAAAAGCUAUUCGCAUACAGAUAAAAAAAUGAUAGCUGAACUAAGACACGGGGAAACUCAGGCCGGGGGUCAGGAUAUAUGGAGUACCGAGAGACUUCAUAUCCCUCCGUGUCCCCCAACGAUGGAAUCGAGUUCCAUCAUGCAGCUGACAUAUAGUUUACAGUUUAUCGGCGACAUUGGCUUCCUGGGGGUCAAUCACACCGUCCCUGUGACUAUCGGAACCAUCCCCUUGACCAGUGUUUACUCCAUGCCCAGUAACUGGAGCUCCAUGCCCAGCCCAUUCAGCUCUUUCUACCCGCCCCUACCAGCUUCCGGUACGAUUACCGAUCCAGCGGAUAUAUCCCUCAAUCCUAUUACGUCACAACCUGGCACCCUGCCAUCGGCACCCCCUCCUUCGUUCCAUGAAAGUGUGAACUUCACAGGAACCAUUGUGACGGAGAAAAAUGAAGGGAAGAAGAAAAAACAGAAGUUUCAGCCGACUUUUAUAUAUUAUAACUUUGGGGGAGAGCCAUUGCUCCCCAAAGACAUGGGUCUGCGCUGAGAAUGCAUUGUCUGAUUUUAUUUGUAGGUCUGAUGAUUGCAAAUACUGAAUUUUGUUGAUGUACGUAUGUACAUUCUCAAUUUUUUGAUUUUUAUUCAAAAAAUUUCUAUGAAUUAUAUUAUCAAUUUUACUACUCAUUAUAAAUAUCAGGGUUUUUUUUAUUAAAUAAUGAUUUUAUUCAUAAUUUUAUGCUAUGUGUAAUGUACAUGUUAUAGAAUCGGAAUGGUUUAGUCAAUGGAUUUUAAAAAAAAAAUCAUAUGCAAGUGUACAUGUAUUAAUAUCUAUUUAUUAGCAAUAACCAUUAAAAGAUGAACAUUUCUAUAUGAUUGGUUGCAGAUUAUAUUGUUUUUUAUGAGGCUCUUGGGCCACAUUGCUGGUCAGCUGUGCAUCAAUCUAAGUACCAAUAGUUUUCUUUCAUCAAAUUGUUAUAAAAUUUUACAGUAGUUUUAGACUGAUUAACUUAUAGUUUACACAAGUUUUUGCCACCGCCAUGAAAUGGCUGGGGCAUAAAUUGUUACCCCGUUCCUUCACUUCAUCAUUCCAUCCUUCUGUCAUUCCAUCAUCAAUCACUUUUCGAUCAUUAUCUCAACUACCAUUAAUUGCACACAUUCAACUCAAAUGUGAUACAUAUAUAUGGAUAUAUCUUAUAAAUAUACAGGCUAAGUUCGAAUUUGGUUCCGGUGUUGUAUAGCAGUUUUUCCCCCAUAGUAGCUUCUCCCCCCGGAAAACCUACUAUAUAGUAGCCUUUCCCCCUGGGGGGAAAAGCUACUAUAUAGUAGCUUUUCCCCCAUAGUAGGGUUUCUCCCUCACGUUUUU